AUGCCUUCUUAUGUGAUCACUGGCGCAGAUCGGGGUAUAGGGUAUGAGUUUCUCCGCAAGCUUUCAGCAGAUCCAGACAAUGUCGUUAUUGCUUUAGUGUUAUCAAAGAAAGCGACAGAGGAGAAACUCGCGGAGCAUGGCAUCAAGAAUGUUCAUGUGUUUGAAGCCGAUGUUACUGAUCGCAGCGCUUUACUAAAAGCGGCAGAGGAGACCGAGAAGGUCCUUGGUGGGAAAGGUGUAGAUAUUUUCAUCAACAAUGCCGGCUUGAUAGCGAAGCCCUCGGCCUUUCGAACUUUGGAAGACUAUUACGACAUGCCUGAGGUAUUUGACAAGGACAUGCACGAAUGCUUCAACAUCAAUGCCAUUGGGACCAUGAACGCAACGGCAGCAUUCAUUCCGCUGAUACGAAAGGGAACGAUCAAAAAAGUGAUUGCAUUGAGCAGCGGCAUGGGCGAUCUUGACUUCACCAACAUGCUGGAUAUGGACAUGGCGGUGCCUUACUCCAUAAGCAAAGCCGCUCUGAAUAUGGUCAUGGCGAAGUUCAGUGCCUCGUACAAGAAAGAGGGUAUCCUGUUCAUGGCCGUCAGUCCUGGUGCGGUAGACUCGGAAGACGACGGUCGAGGAUCCAAUCCGCCCGUCGAGGACGUCGAGGGGGAUCUAUCGCAAACACUCUACCCCGUCCGCCCGUGGCAUAAGCAUGCGAGCGUUCCAGAGCUGCAGAAGCGCAAAGAACAGGGCUUGAAGUUCCACAGCUACGAAAACUCUUAUGUCAAGCCACUGAAUACGCAAGAAUCAGUCGAUUUCCUCCUGAAGGUUUUGAACGAGAAGAGUAUAGAGAACGGAGACGCAGGCAUCAAGGGAAUCAUGAUCGGGGCGACGUCCACGACGGCAGAGACGCCUCGAGCACAUAUCACGAACAUGGCAGCGCUGGAAUGUCUGCGCGACAUCGAUCUGGAGGUCGAAUGUCGCAAGCUGGCUAGCCCCAAAGACAGCAUGAUGCACACGCGAUGGGGAUACAGCAUGGCCGGGGAGGAGUACGCCCGACUCUACUCCUGGGGGAAUGGCCCAGUCAUGGAAGGCAAAUACGCGCAAUGCAGCCCGUGCGAGCCCGUGGAUCUGCCUCAGACUCAACUCGAACCGAUUCUCACUCGCAAGGCCACGACCAGCGGGUUCAUCUGCCGCUUCAACACGGAAUUUGUCAGUUUCGAGGACCACGAACAGGAUGGCUUCGUCGACGUCCUGGUCAAGGAUCUCGUCUUCAACGCCUUCUACACGAUCCGCUGCAAGUACCUGUUCGGUGCCGACGGCGCGCGGAGUAAGAUCAUUUCACAGCUGGGGCUGCCGCUCAAGCAAAAGCCUGGUGGUGGACUCGCGUGGAAUGUCCUCGUCAAGGCAGAUCUGAGCAAACACGUCCAAUAUCGAAAGGGGAACUUGCACUGGUGCUACCAGCACGACAUCGACCACCCCGACUUUGCCUGGAUUGGGUUUCCCCGGAUGGUGAAGCCGUGGAACGAAUGGGUCUUCAUCAUGUUUCCUGUCCAGGGCUACCAGCCGAAUCCCCCGCCGACCGAGGAGCAGUGGAUGAAGCGCAUCAAGCAAAUCAUUGGCGACGACUCCAUCGACGUCAAGAUCCUGAACAUCAGCAAGUGGAUGAUCAACGACAUUGUCGCUGAGAAGUACUCCAAGGGGAAUGUCUUCUGUCUUGGUGAUGCUGUCCAUCGACAUCCCCCCUCGAACGGUCUCGGUUCGAACACUUGCAUCCAAGAUGCAUAUAAUCUGGCGUGGAAGGUGGCGUAUGUCCUGAAAGGUCUGGCCGGGAAGGAGUUGCUGGAUUCCUACAACCAGGAACGGCAACCAGUGGGCGAAGCUAUUGUUGAGCGGGCAUUCCAAGGCUACCUUGACCAUCUUCCUCUGUGGAAAGCGGCGGGCAUCCUGGCUCCCGACGCGGCCACUCGGGUCGCAGAAUUUGGGAAGCUCGUCCAUGCCACGCCAGAGGGCCGAGAACGUCGAAAAGCGUUUUUCAAGGCCAUCCAGGGCACGCGCUUCGAGUUCCAAGGACUGGGUAUCGAGAUGAACCAACGGUAUCAAUCCUCAGCGGUCUACCAAGCUGACCAAGGACCCAUUCCCUCAUUCCCAGGACAUCCCGUCCUCGACCACACCAAGUCAACGUACCCGGGCUCGCGGCUGCCGCACGUCUGGUUGAACAAGGCCAUUCCCGAAAAACCCACUCCCAUCCUCGACCUGGCUGGUAAAGGCCAAUUCACCAUUCUGACCGGCAUUGGUGGCGAUGCCUGGAAGCAGGCCGCAGCCAGAGCGAGCACCGCCUUGGGCAUUACCGUGGCUGCGUACUCCAUCGGAUUCCGGCAGGACUACGAAGACAUGUACAUGGAGUGGGAGAGUGUCCGGGAGAUUGAGGAAGAUGGCUGCAUCCUCGUCCGGCCCGACAGAUUCAUUGCAUGGAGGAGUAUGGAGCUGGUGGAGAAUCCGGGAGAAGUCCUUCUGCGUGUCCUCCGGACGAUAUUGUCGCGUACGGACAAGGAGGUUAAUGGGACGAUCAGAUAG